CCAGUUCCCAUGUUCCAUUGAGGUCGUGAGCCAGUGAGUGAAGAGCAUCUGCCAGGGAACGAUGUAACUUUGUGGAUCGCCAUCGAGCGUGAAAGCAUGUGGUUGCUUAGAGUUCCACUUCGAACACGCUUGAAGCCCAUUUUGUCAUUGUAGCUGACAGUUACCUACUGCCUACCUAGAUUCGUCGCCAUUGUUUUCUUCAAUUGAACAACAUGGUACCCAAGGUGAAGAGCCGGCCCCGAUAUCUCCAUUCCAUGGUAUCGAUUUGAGGUCAAUGGUUCUGUAUCAUGUGGAUAGACCGAUUGAGGAACCUCUCGGUACUAUGACCAGCAGGCCAGGCAACAAACGACCAAGCUUAACUCGCGCAGAGACGAUAGAAUCUUGCAACUCGGAUGAUUUAGUGACCGUCCUUGAAGUGCACGAUCGCAAGCCCUACAAAAUCAUGGACCGGAGCCGAGAAAUCAAGAAAGGUGUCAUGGCUGAGUCCCUCUUAGAACUCAUUGAACGUGGAAAAGAAAAGCUCAACUACCCAAUGGAUAAGGAGGUGUAUGUCGUUCUAGAAGAGGAUGGAACAGAGAUUGACGAGGAGGAAUACUUCCAAACCUUACCUGAGAAUACCUUGUUGAUGUUGCUUCACGUUGGCGACAAGUGGUCCCCUUUUGGUCCCCCAUUCACGCCUCCCUCGUCCAGCAAGAGUCGAUAUACCAGGGAAUUUGACUUUUGUACGACCUCAUCCACCCCCCUUUCAGACCCGAAGGACUUCACUAACGAUGGGAAUGGGCGGAAAACAGAUGACCUCAAGGCCAACCAACGCCACGUGUCAUCCGAACUGACCAACUUGUUGGAACGAUUGGAACGCAAUCCAGGGCUCACGGCUCUUUUGGCCACUCAUCAAUUGGAGCUAUUAGCUCAAAUGGAUAUCGAUCUCCUCUUGUUGGGCACAAUUUCCUCCCAACCUUCGGCCAUCCGUCAUUCAGACACACAAUGCUUUGAUCAGGACUUUCUCCACGAUGUCCAAACGAUGGCUUAUCAGUAUUUGGCCGAAAAAAGUGAGAUCCGAGAUGCUGUCGGACUUUUGAAACUUCAUCAACACCACCCACCGCUCAAGGAGACGAAGGGUCACCAGGAAAAACGCGAAGAUGGGUCCAAGAAGGCAGGCCUAAGGCCUAAGAAGAAGGCCAACUCCUCGCAAUCGUCCUCCUGCACGUCGUUAAUAAAUGACAAUGCCAGAAAUGGGAAGUGCCCAAAGAAUACUGGCCUUAACACGCACGUGAUCUCAGUGUCCACAACAGUGGAUAACCCUGGCUCAGUCCGUAUGCUUCGAAAGAAAGAGGAACAAAUAUGAGCACACUGAAGCUGAAGUGACGUACUAUUGAGCCACACGUUUUCUAUCUUUAAUACCCCCUGGCACAAUUUUGACCUAUCUUUUGUGCACCAAUAGCCAGUCCCUUGCUUCAUUCUUCUCCAUUUGCAGAAAGUGACAAAAAACCUCGGGAAAUUGCCGCAGAGGUAAAUUCUAGAGCACUCAUGGUUUGGACAAUUGUCUUGCAUGGCUCAGAAACAAAAAUGCCUGCAAUUUCUGCACCGGCCAAUUGUCAAGUCUGGCUUAGCUCAAACACGAGUGAGAUGAAAAUAAAAUGUCUUUCCACAUAUCCCCACCCAAUUCGUUCCCUUCAAAGCUCCCAGAUCAAUGUGAAUAGUCGUUGGCUACAAUAUCGGAUAUGACAAACCGCAAUUUUCUGAAUGUGUUCAAAGUGAAUGUGUUCACAUACUCUCUCGCACAUGCUUCUACUUGUACUACCAUUCUCCUCAAUUGUAACCUCCUCCACCACCAACCAACGGUCAUUUCUCGGAUGUGAUAUAUUUUUGCUCAUGAAUAAAUUACUCAUUCCUUGAGGGUGUUUA